AUGUCAAAUCAGGUUCCUGCUAUAUCCCUGGCCUAUGAAGAAGCAGAAAGUGAUAUCAUGAAGCGGCAACCUCGCAAUCCGUUCACUGAUAAACUCGUAAAUGAAAGGCUCAUUUCCAUGGCUUAUGGUCAGAUUGGCAUGAUACAAGCUGCUGCAGGAUUCUUUGUUUAUUUUGUAAUAAUGGCUGAGAAUGGUUUUCUACCUAUGAAAUUGUUUGGAAUCAGAAAACAGUGGGAUUCAAAAGCUGUAAAUGACCUAACUGAUUCAUAUGGGCAAGAAUGGACUUACCGUGAUAGAAAAGCUUUGGAAUACACAUGUCAUACUGCUUUCUUUGUUUCAAUUGUAGUAGUACAGUGGGCGGAUUUAAUAAUCUGUAAAACCAGGAGAAAUUCUAUACUUCAUCAGGGAAUGAGGAAUUGGGCAUUAAAUUUUGGCAUUGUUUUUGAAACUGCUCUUGCAGCAUUUCUGUCAUACACUCCUGGAAUGGACAAAGGUCUUCGAAUGUAUCCCUUGAAUACGAAGGAUCCCGUCAGCCCGGGAUCACGGUCCUGUCAGAGAGGUGCCAGGAACCUACCCUGGGAGGAUUUCUCCUUCCAGGGCUCCUUUUCUCUCACUUGUUCACCGACUCAGUCCUCUACAGGGAUUGGUUACCAACCAGACUUGGACUGGGUCGCUCGGCUUUUGCAGUGCCUACCAUGUGCAGGUGAGAGUAGAGUUGGGGAGGAGAGGCUGUUUCCUCUUCUGACUAUGUAUGACGUAUCACUCCCCCUAUGA